AUGAGUACAUAUAGAUAGAGUGGUGUUGUCAGCAGCCAUCUACUAUGUUGAAUCGCAGAAAUUAAGAUUUAUCAGUCAUGUUGUGAGAUUAUGUGAGACAUUAAAUAUUUAAUUUCUUCUGAGUUCUGCAAAUGGGUAGAAAACUUAUAGGCAAAAUUCACUGGUAAAAACGACAUUGUUCUAGUUUGGUACGUAAACAUAUUAAGCAAAAAAUAUCCUGUUAAUUAUAUAAUCUCUAAUUGUAGCUUGAAAGUUACUUGGAAUAAUGCUUUUACAAAUUUGUUAUGAAUGGAAAAAUGAAAAGAUUACAAAGUCAUUUGAUGGAAUUACCCUACUCCAAGGCUUUAGACCAUGGUGUGACCUUAUGGAUAAAAACAAACGAGUUGAGGCUGUACCAACUUUUCAACCUAUUCACUGGUUUAAGGUUUUUAUGAUAAAGCAAAUAGAUAUAAGCUGCUUUGAGAGGAAAUUAAGAGUGAAAUGGAAUAAAAAUCAAAAUGAAUUUACUGAAAGAGAGUUAUCGGAUAAUCUUAUUCAUAGUGAUCUUUUCUCAAGAGCAUUUAAUUUAUGUGUUCAACCCGUUAAACGGGAGGAUCUCGGCAGAGUUUUGUUAGAGUUUCUAAAUAUUUCGCUAUUCCCAGCAAUACCUAUUGUAGAAGAUUGCGUAGAGGAACUGCAUCAGGCUAUAGCUCAACUGCAAAAAUAUGUUGACGAUCACAAUCGAAGACUUAAUCUCAAAAAUGACACGGUUAAAAGUAACCAAAAGCAUGUGAUAUUACUUUUAAUGAAACUAAUUGAAGAGACUGAUGUUAUUAAUAAUCCUAUUGAAUUAACAUACUAUAAAAAGGAGGAAGUUGAAUGGUUUUCGAGAGAGUUAGAAAGUGUAAAAAGAUGGAUGGAAGUUACACUAGAAGCUGAAAUUAAAUCAGAAAUUUCUGAUAAUAGAUUUAAGUUUUUAAAUGAACUAUUCAAUCCAUACAAAACAGCUAUUGGAAAUGUUGGCGAUAUCCUUCGUAAUUGGAGAGAAAGGAGUUUGUUUCGUUUUAAAAAAUACAGCAAAAAUUCAAUUAGAGAAAAAUUAUACGCUGUGCAAGAAGCUAAAGAAAGUGUUGUCAAAGCCAAACAGGAGAGGCAAGUAUCUCUGGAUCGGAAAAUGGUUAUAAACGCUUUAAUUGAGGCUGCCAAAUCAUCCUUUCGUGGAGUACCUAGUCAUAAUUUGUUGGGAACAUAUCCAGAACUUUUUGUCUUAGAUGGAGCUAAACCGUCAACCUUAGAGGAGAACAUUGAAUACUUGAUAAUAAAAAAUGAGACAAUUUUUGACAAGCAUCAAAAUUUUUGCAUGGAAAUUGUUAAAAAAUGUAAGACUCUAUCACCGCCUGAAAGGAAAGCAACAGAUACAAAAGCCAGAGGACUUCGAAGGAGCAUGACUUUACCAAAUCGAUUGUCUGGAACAAUCAACUCUCUUAAUCGCCCAGAUUUCGAGAAAUUUGAACAAUUUUUGUCUGAUUUCUGGAAAACUUCUGUUCCUAGUCACUUUCUCGAAAUGACUGAACUGCUAAUCUCUGAAUUGUCCAGUGACUUUAAAGAUAAUGUUGAUAGUAUUGAAAAAAUAUAUAUUCGACAUUUUUAUGUCGCUAUUCAUCGACCUAUAUUGGAAGUCUAUCAACGCUUUUACAGAGAUCGUCUUGAAAAUACUUCCUGUUUAACUUUUGAAGACUUAAAAAUGGAAGAAAGUGACGUAGUGAAGGAGAUAUUUAACGAAAUGGAAUUUUCCGAUGAUGAAGACAGUUGUAGUACAACAAAACCCAGAAAUGAAUUUUACGACUAUCCAGACACAGCUGUAGAUGCUAUGAGAUUGGAAGAGAUAAAAAUGAAUAUUCCUUGUGAGAAGCCGCCCUACUUUAACAGUCAAUAUAAAAAGAAAUUGGGAAAAGUAUAUGAAAGUUUGUUACAAGCUAGCUCCUGUCCAAUUCCCGAACUGGCCAUGGAACAUUUAAAAGCGGCAUUCGAAUCAUACAGGCAGGUACUCAAACUAUCGAAGAUAAACGGCGAUACGAUACCUGACGCUUUAGUUAUAUUAUUAUUGAACAUUGAUUCAUCAAUGCUUUUAGAUUUGGCUUUACAAAUUCUUAAAACGAGAAGAAGAGUUAGAAGAGGACUGGAAAAUGAAGCUUUCUAUAAAAAGCUAGAGUCUGAGGAAAUUCAAGAAUUUAUGAAAGUCUGUCCUCAUUUAAAAGACAUAAAAUUGAAUGGAAAAGAAUAUGGAUACUAUGUUACUGAUAGAUCCGCUUUCUGGGAAGAAACACUCUAUUUAGCAGUUUCAGAAGUUAGGUUUUGUUGUCGUAGAUACGUUGGCGGUUGGUUUGGCUAUCCUUUUAUUUAUGAGAAAACAACUGGUACUAGAAGACCAUUUAACUGGGGGAGGGUGGACGCAACUAACGAAGAAAGACAAGAAACAAAUGAACACAAAUUAGAAACAAUAGCGGAAAUCGUUGAAGAAACUUACGAAAAAACUCAAGGUACUCAGAAAGGCGAUUUGAGUUAUGAUGAAUUUCAAGCUGAUAGAAUAGGCAUAUAUAUAGGAAUUUGGGAUUGUUUAUACGUAUCGAAAUCGAAACUUUGCCCAGAUCCGUGUAAUCGUCCAGAUAUAUGUAGAAAACCAAAUACGGAGUCAAAUAUCCCGUGUAGAUCAUACGUAUCGGAUAAAAUGAAACUUAAAGUGAAGAAAUACUUCGACAUUGAUAAAAGUGAUCAUAUAUAUAGAAAAACUGCUCAUCUGUACGGUAAAGAUUAUUAUUGCCAAUGUAAACCUGGUUAUAGUUGGCAAACAGAAAGAAAACAAUGCGUUAAAAAAAAUCGUUGUGUCUCUAGGGAAAUUGUUUGUCGGAAUGGUGGAACUUGUUUUGAAUCUGAUGAUGGUUUUACCUGCCUUUGUACGGGUGCAUUUAAAGGACCAUUUUGUAGAAUAAAUAGAAAUCCUUGUAAUUCACCAAAAGUGUCAAUCUAUGAAUUAGGUUGUAUUGAAUUUUCAAAUUGUAAGAGAGAUCCGCAAAAUUCUUUAGGAUAUUGGUGUCUAUGUCCAAAAGGUUAUGAACAUUCUGAAGAGAAUAAUAAUAUUAACAUUUGGAAGAGAAAUCCUAGAUGUUAUGAUAUCAAUGAAUGUAAAAAGAAUAUUCAUAAAUGCAAUGAAGGAUCAACGUGCAUCAAUACAAGAGGAAGUUAUAGGUGUAUCUGUCCUCCAGGAGUUGUUGGUAUCUAUUGCCAAAAUAAUAUAGCAAAAGAUAAAAUUGGGUUCUUUGGCAAUAUUCACCUAAAGCAUGAUUGUUCAAAAUCUUGCGGUAUAAGUUACAGAGUUUACCAGCAAAGCUGCCUUUGUCGUAACGAAGAAACUGGAAAGAUAGCUACUUGUUAUACACCAAGCUAUUGUUUGGUCAAUCCAAUACCAAACGGCUAUAAUUAUUCAAUAGAACUUGUUGGUAAAGACAAUAGGCCGGUUCUUAUAUUGGAAAAAUACGAAAAAUGCGAAAUACCAGAAUGUAAGGAAAACUAUUGUUCGGAUGAGGAUGGGAAAUUAGUUCCUUGUCAAACUAGGAAAAAUGACGCAAAGGAAGGAGAAGUUAUACCUUCAUUCUAUCAAGAUGAUGACAUACUACCAAACAAGAAUGAUGAUGAUAUAUGGAAAAAGCCGGAACCUUGUCAAUACGACGAUUAUAAUCCUGGAUGUAAGAAUGUAGAAACUGAUUAUAGGUUUAAAGAAUACGAUGAAAAUUUUGCAUCAAUAUUAUACAUCAAUUCUUCUAUUCUUCUCUUUACUGUUGCAGUUGUAAUAACACUUACUCAGUAG